CGAAGCUGCGUGAGCCGCGCUUAAAAACUAAAAAAAAACAAACUAAUUUCAAAUCCACGGUUUCGAUAUCAAAACUUUACAAAAAUAAAUAAACAAACAAGCCGAAAUAAUAACAAACGGAAACUCUUGUUGAACAAAAGCGAAUGCCAAGGACGGUUCUAUAUUGAUUGGAUACUUGUUUGCGUCGCCGCUGAAAUUGCCGCUCGUUGGCGGUGCAUUCGGCAUGGAAAAGCACUGGAGGUCGCUCUUAAUCGUCAGCAUCUUGGCUUUCGUAGCGGAUGCAGCUGUUAAUGAGUCCACUUUGCGUCAACAUCGCUAUGAUUACGGUCUUUUCAAUGCCAGCAUGGAAUUGACCACGGAAGUAAUGGCUACAGAUAUUCCGGAAAAAGAAGGAUAUACUGUCCAGUCACGGCAUGAACCCCAUCUCAUCCGGAGUUCCGUCAUCUUUGGGCUAACCAAAGUGGCCAACGAGAGCAAUGUGAGUCCCAGCUGCCACGCCCACCUGAAACAAGUGCAGCGAGGAAUUCUCAGUAAACAACCUUGGGCCAUAAAGGUUCUUGAUGCUUCGGGAACAAAGCCGUCCGGGUUCGUUUUCGGGCAGAACUACUGGCUGGGCAGUCGGGAGGCGUGCCGGGGAGUGCAGGGACCGGUGGGAAUCACCUUGUCCCGGAACUACGAGCGGGUGAUGCACUACAGCAUCCUGACGCAAAGUGCCCCCUUCGAGAUGGACUACCGGGUGAUCUACCUGCGGCAUCGGUCACCCUGGCAGGUGGAGAUCAAGGUGAUGUCCGAGCAGGUGCUGCACAUCGGACUGUGCCUGCCCAGCGCCUGCGCAUCCGAGGAGGUGAAGCAGCUGGCCCGGGACUAUGUGGCCGGUGGUUCGUUCGCCGAGGACGACAUCUUCGACAUGCAACCGGAGGUAUUGUACAUGAAGGAUCUGAAGCUGAGCGAGCGAUUCUACCAGCGGUUGACCUUCCGAUUGGUGGUGGCCACUGUCCUGGUAACCGGAGCCCUAAUGCUCUGUGCCCAGCAGUUGCGGGUGGCCAAGAGGGGCGAUGAUCCGGAUCCUGGUCUGGCUCCCGUGGAAUCGGAGAUCUGGCAGGCAAUGGAUUCCAUCUUGAAGUGGCAGCCACUCCAGAACUUUGUGUCCUGUUUCGAUGUGGCCCACAACUGGAGAAAGAUCAGCGCCACGAGGGCAAACCAACCGGGGGAGAUUCCCAUCAUGAAUGGAUUGCGAUCGGUGUGUGCCAUCUGGAUACUGAUCUUCCAUGUCCUGUGGUACAUGUACUUCACGGUGCACCACAAAACGGUGCUGAUUUCGUAUGCGGAGAAGGUCUUCUUCCAGUACGUUUCUUCGGCCCCUCUUCUAGUGGAUGUCUUCUUUACCAUCAGUGGCUUUUUGCAAACCUACAACUUCCUGAGAAAUGCCCAGCAAUUGGAGGCAGUGCGUCGCAAUGGACUGUGGGGCAACAUGAAGCUCUUUGGUAAGUUGCUAUUCCAUCGCUACCUGAGAUUGGGUCCACUCUACCUGGUGGUGAUGGGUAGCGUGGACUUGGCCUUCGCCUACAUCGGCGACGUUUCCGUCUUCCACAUCAACGAGCGGUUCGACGAACUGUGUCCCCAGCACUGGUGGCGCAACCUGCUCUUCAUCCAGAACCUCUUCGACCACCGCGAGAUGUGCGCCAACUGGAGCUGGAGUCUGGCCUGCGACAUGCAGUUCUUCCUGCUGGCAAACAUUGUCCUCUUCAUUUACGCUAGGCAUCCAAAAGUGGGGAAAGUACUGACGAUCUCCGGACUUCUGGCCACAAUAACUUGGUCCUACGGGAUCGGGAUUACGAACAAAUUCGAGUUCUCCUUCGACUCCACUUAUGCCACUGGCACCCAGAUAUACACGAGUCCCUUUGUGAGGGUGCUGCCCUAUAUCGUGGGUGCGAUUGCGGCCUGGUGCCUCCAGGAGCAGCGAUUCCAGAUGGAGCUGAGCGAACAGCAGACCCGUUGGCUGUGGCACUUCAGUCUGCAGGUGUUCCUGGGCUGCAUCUACUCCACGGUGAAGCGGGAUCUGGGCCACCUGAUCACCAUAUCGCUGUUUGUGCUGGGACGGGCUCUGUUCUCCCUCACCGUUUGCUGGAUGAUCGUGGGCAGUGCAUCGGGAAGCGGAGUUUGGUGGUCGCGCCUUUUGGAGGCCAAGUGCUUCCAGCAUCUGAACCGCCUGUCCUACGCCAUAUAUCUUCUAAAUCCCCUAGUGAUAGCCCUCGUCUACAGCCUGACCAGUACGAGUUCUGCUGUCGACCCCUUUCUGCUGAGCGUCAUCUGCUGCGGCUUCACCUUGAUCGUCUAUCUUGCCUCCAUUGCCUUUUCGCUGGCUUUUGAGCUGCCCUACAGCAAUCUUUCGAGUUUGUUGCUCAGGGGAAAGCCCAAAGCCGCAUAAACUGUGAUUACCUCUCAUUGUUAACAUUGCAUCUAAGUCACUUAUUAAUAAGAAAA